ACGUCGUGUCUUUGGGUCUGAAAUCGUGGGACCUCUCGGGCGUCCCUGAGCUGCGGUCGGACGUGCCCAUGGAUUUCUUGUCUGUGAAGCUGCAGCACGACUGUGAUGUGGAGUCUGCGUUUGGAGCGGCGCUCUCCGACAUAAAGAGAGUGUCUGGACAUCGGCCUGUUCUCAUCUACUCCAUAGAACUGAAAAACUGCAAAGACGACCAGAAUGUCCUGGAGAACCUGCUCAGAGUCCAGGUUCAGUCUGAGUUGGACUUGGUCGGGUUUGAGGUGUCCUCCAUGUUGGACGUGUCUCUGGAGGAUCUGAGCGUCUCACACAGAUACUCACAGAUCAUCCAACAAAAGAGAACAAGUGGCCUCCAGGGGGCGCUCUCUUCUCCGCCCGUAUCCUUCACGCCCGGACUGAGGAACCUACCUGCCUCACAGGUUCCCUCCACGGCUAAAGUUGUGUGGGAGAAGUUCUCACACUGGUCAGAGUUCCAGAACAGAAUGUAUUAUUACGGAACAUUUCCCACAGACUUCCUGUGGGGAGUCACGUCCUCAGCCUAUCAGAUCGAAGGAGGCUGGAACGCCGGCGGGAAAGGCCCCAGUAUUUGGGACACUUUUACUCACACGCCCGGCAACGGUAUCCCAGAGAACGGUAAUGGAGAUGUGGCGUGCGACAGCUAUAACAAAGUGGACGUAGACUUAGGCCUGAUUAAAACCUUAGGGGUCAAGUCCUAUCGCUUUUCCCUCUCCUGGUCCAGGAUCUUUCCCAAUGGGAUGGCUGCAUCGCCCAACACUAAUGGCGUGACCUAUUAUAACAAUCUGAUCGACGGUCUGUUGGGUCUGGGCGUGACUCCGGUGGUCACUCUGUACCACUGGGACCUGCCCCAGGCGCUGCAGGACAUUGGCGGCUGGGAGAACGCCGCCAUCAUCGACCAUUUCAACAGUUACGCUGAAUUCUGCUUCAAGACAUUUGGAGACAGAGUGAAGUUUUGGAUCACGUUUAACGACCCGUUCACAAUCGCGUGGAAAGGCUACGGCAGCGGAGAAAUGCCCCCAAAUCUAAAAGCCAAUCCUGGAGUGACCCCGUAUAAAGUGGGACACAAUCUGAUCAAAGCUCACGCCAAAGCUUACCACACGUACAACACAUAUCGCCCAGCGCAGAAGGGACUGGUCAGUAUCGCUCUGAACGCAGACUGGUAUGAGCCCCUGGACGUGAACACGCCCAGAGAGCUGGAGGCUGCAGACCGAGCCAUGCAGUUCAGGCUCGGAUGGUUCGCGCACCCCAUUUUUAAGAACGGCGAUUAUCCUGAAGCUAUGAAGUUUCACGUAGGAAACAAAAGCGAAAUCCAACGUCUCAAAGAAUCUCGACUGCCCACGUUCACCGAGGAGGAGAAGAACUUUAUCAGAGGAACCGCAGAUGUCUUCUGUGCCAAUCACCACACCACCAGAAUCGCUAAAUACUCGAUCCAGCCGCUGACUCCACACUCGUACGAAUUUGACUGGGACAUUGCAGAGGAGGACCUGCUGCAGUUCCCUCAGACAGGCAUACAGGGCCCUCGUGCGGUGCCUUGGGGCCUGAGGCGGGUGCUGAACUGGGUGAAGGAGGAGUACGGAAACCCGGAGGUGUACGUGACCGACAACUCCAUGGGCACCGAAAGGAGCCUGAGCACUGACGACUUCACACGCGUCUUCUUCCUCAAGACCUACAUCGACGAGGCGCUCAAAGCUCAGAGCGUGGACGGCGUGCGGCUCCGGGGGUACCUGGGGGCCCCUCUCAUGGACUCCUUUGAGUGGCUGAAGGGGUACAUUAUGGGCAGCGGUCUGUACCAGGUGGACUUCACUAAAGCCGAUCGUCCCCGGACAUGGAAGUACUCAGCACGGUACUACAUCGACAUCGUGAAACAGAAUGGGUUCCCUGCAGGUGAGGACGAGCUCCCCCUGUACGGACACUUCAGAGACGACAUGAUGUGGAGCACCGCCACCGCCUCCUUUCAGAUUGAAGGCGGAUGGCGUGCAGAUGGUAAAGGUCUGAGUAUUUGGGACACGUUUUCUCACACUCCUGGUAAAGUGAAGAACGGCGACACGGGCGACGUGGCGUGCGACAGUUACCACAGAACAGACGAGGAUGUUCGGAUGCUGCAGGCGCUCGGGGUCAAGUACUACCGUUUCUCCAUCUCCUGGUCCAGAGUCCUGCCCGACGGCACAACGGCACAUGUCAACGAGCCAGGCCUCAAGUACUACGAGAACCUGAUAGAUAAACUGCUGCAGGCCGGGAUUGAGCCACAGGUCACGCUGUACCACUGGGAUCUCCCUCAGGGCCUGGAGAACAUGGGCGGGUGGCAGAACGUGAUAAUGGUGGAGUACUUCACGCAGUACGCCGACCUCAUGUUCUCUCGCCUUGGGCCCAAAGUCAAACGCUGGAUCACCUUCAACGAGCCGUACAUCGUUGCCAACCUGGGUUAUGGGUACGGGAACUUUGCUCCUGGAGUCUCGAAUGACCCGGGGGUUAUUCCAUACGUCGUGGCUCAUCACCUGAUCAAAUCCCACGCCGAGGCCUGGCACCUGUACAACGACAAGUACCGAGCGGCUCAGGGAGGACAGAUCUCCAUCACCCUGAACGCCGACUGGGCCGAACCACGCAAUCCGUACAAGCAGGAGGACAUCGACGCCACCUACAGAUACGUAGAGUUCUUCCUGGGCUGGUUCGCUCACCCCAUUUACAUCGGAGACUACAGUGAAAUUAUGAAGACCACCAUCAGGGAGCGGAGCCUGGCAGCCGGACUCCCCAAGUCCAGACUCCCGGAGUUCACCCCAGAGGAGGUGCAGAGGAUUAAUGGCACUCACGAUUACUUCGGUCUGAACCACUACACCACCAAACUCAUCUUCCCCAUCGACUACGGCCUGCAGCAGAACUACGACGCCGACAGAGGCGUGGGGGCGGUGGAUGACUGGAGCUGGCUGGAUUCGGGCUCGUCAUGGCUCAAAGUGACACCAUUUGGGAUCAGGAGACUUCUGAAUCACAUCAAAAACACGUACGGAAACCCUCAGAUCCUCAUCACCGAAAAUGGAGUGAGCGAGAAGGGCCCUGUGGACCUCAAUGACGUUGUGCGCCAGCACUACUACAACAGCUACAUCAACGAAGUACUCAAAGCUCGGGUUCUAGACGGAGCAGACGUGAGAGGGUACACCGCCUGGUCGCUCAUGGAUAACUUCGAGUGGGCGGAGGGAUACUCAGAGCGAUUCGGUUUGUACUUCGUGAAUCGGUCUGACCCCAAACUGACGCGGACCCCCAAAGUCUCAGUCCAGACCUUCUCCACCAUCAUCAGGUGCAACGGCUUUGUCGACCCCAACUCCGGAAACGAGUGUCUGAAGCCACAGCCCGAAGUGACUACGCCAAAGCCAUCAGCGCCAUCUACAAACUCUACGUCGUCUAUGGCGCCCCCUACUGUCGCUCCACUGAGUUUCCUGGGUCUGAGGCUGAGCGGCAAUGAGGCCGAGGUUGGGCUCAACACGACCUUUGCCCUCCUCGUGGUUUCGUGUGCUGCCGCCGUGGUUGCCACAGUCGGCUUCUUCAUGGUCCGACGCAAACGGUAGAACUCAGUCUUGGAAAUCACCACCAUCUAGUGGAGAGUGGCGGUACUGCAGGAGGACAGCACUCGGACAAACAACACUUUGGCCAGAGCUCCUCACACGUUUGUCCACAAACAUGAUGUGGUACAAGUCCUGCUGUAGUCCUGCUGUAGUCCUGCUGUAGUCCUGCUGUAGUCCUGCUGUAGUCCUGCUGUAGUCCUGCUUUAGUCCUGCUUUAGUCCUGCUGUAGUCCUGCUUUAGUCCUGCUGUAGUCCUGCUUUAGUCCUGCUGUAGUCCUGCUGUAGUCCUGCUUUAGUCCUGCUGUAGUCCUGCUUUAGUCCUGCUGUAGUCCUGCUGUGAGUCUGUUCAUAAUGUGAGUGUUCUUCUUGUGUCAUGUAAAUAUAUUGUUUUUAAACCUUUUCUCACAAUCAUCACCAUCAUCAUCAUCAUCAUCACAAUCAUCAUCAUCAUCAGAGUCUUCCUCAGGACCUGUUCAUUAAUGAGUGAACGCUGCUGUGUUUGUGUGUUUGUGCGUUUGUGCGUUUGUGCGUUUGUGCGUUUGUGUGUUUGUGCGUUUGUGUGUGUGUGUGUUUGUGUUAUGUG